AUGAUCUCUGUUUUUGAAAACAGAGCACCUAAGGUGUUUUUCAUUCUUGGCUUUUUGAUUUGUUUUUCAUUGAUCUCGGUUCGAGUCGUGGGGCAAGUAUCGCCGGCUGUUUUCGCCUGCGAUGCUACGAAAGAUCGGAAGGUCGUGCAUUACGGCUUUUGCAACGCGUCGUUGGGGAGAGACGCGAGGGUGGCUGACUUGGUACGAAGGCUCACAUUGCAGGAGAAAAUUCUGAACAUAGUGAAUGGUGCUGGGAACAUUAGUCGGCUCGGGAUACCGAAAUACGAAUGGUGGUCCGAGGCUCUUCACGGGGUCUCUAACGUCGGUCCCGGCACCAAUUUUAGCAGCUUGGUUCCGGGAGCGACAAGCUUUCCUCAAGUCAUCUUGACAGCGGCUUCCUUCAACACUUCUCUCUUCGAAGCCAUUGGCAAGGUGGUCUCGACGGAGGCUCGAGCAAUGUACAAUGUUGGGUUGGCAGGGCUAACAUUUUGGUCACCCAACGUUAACAUAUUCCGAGACCCGAGGUGGGGAAGGGGCCAAGAGACACCGGGAGAGGACCCAUUGCUGAGCAGUAAAUAUGGUUCAAGUUAUGUCAAAGGUUUGCAACAAACAGAUGAUAAUGCCGACCCUUCUCGACUCAAGGUGGCCGCAUGUUGUAAACACUACACUGCCUAUGAUUUGGAUAACUGGAAAGGGGUCGACCGCUACCAUUUCAAUGCUGUGGUAACGCAACAAGAUAUGGAUGAUACAUUUGAUCCGCCAUUCAAGAGCUGCGUUAUUGAUGGGAAUGUGGCGAGUGUUAUGUGUUCUUACAAUCAGGUUAAUGGUAAGCCAACUUGUGCAGACCCUCAUCUUCUUGCUGGGGUCAUUCGAGGCCAAUGGAAAUUAAAUGGGUACAUAGUUUCGGAUUGUGACUCGGUGGAAGUGUUCUUCGAUGACCAGCACUAUACCAAGACACCUGAACAAGCUGCUGCCAAAGCAAUUUUGGCAGGGUUGGAUCUCAACUGUGGAUCAUUCCUCGGCCAGCACACAGCAGCUGCAGUGAAGAAAGGGCUUUUGAAAGAAUCAGACAUCGAUAAUGCCAUCACUAACAAUUUUGCUACUUUAAUGAGACUCGGGUUCUUCGACGGUGAUCCUCGAAAGCAACCUUACGGUAAACUUGGCCCGAAAGAUGUGUGUACUGCAGAGAAUCAGGAGUUGGCUCGUGAUGCUGCGAGGCAAGGGAUUGUGUUGCUCAAAAACACUGCUGGGUCGUUGCCUCUAUCGUCCGCUGCUAUCAAAACCUUGGCAGUAAUUGGACCCAAUGCCAAUGUCACCAAAACCAUGAUCGGAAAUUACGAAGGCAUUCCAUGCAAAUAUACAACACCAUUGCAGGGUCUAACAGCUUCAGUGGCAACAAAAUAUCUGCCUGGCUGCUCCAAUGUGACUUGUGGCAAUGCCCAAGUAAAGGAAGCGAAGAAACUAGCCGCCACAGCCGACGCCACCGUGCUUGUGAUGGGCAUUGACCAAUCCCUCGAAAGAGAAAGCUUCGACAGAGUUGACCUUCGUUUGCCGGGACAGCAACCACUUCUCAUAAAAGAAGUUGCAAAGGUUGCCAAGGGACCUGUGAUUCUUGUAAUAAUGUCGGGUGGAGGCUUUGAUAUAUCGUUUGCCAAACACAAUGACAAAGUUACAAGCAUCCUUUGGGUUGGUUACCCUGGUGAAGCUGGUGGAGCUGCCAUUGCUGAUGUGAUUUUUGGUUAUUAUAAUCCAAGUGGAAGGCUUCCAAUGACAUGGUAUCCCCAAUCAUAUCUUGAUAAGGUCCCAAUGACAAACAUGAACAUGAGACCAGAUCCCCCUAAGGGGUACCCGGGAAGAACCUAUAGAUUCUACACUGGAGAAACGAUUUAUUCAUUUGGACAUGGGCUAAGCUACUCCAAAUUCAGCCAUAAAAUAGUCAAAGCACCUCAAACUGUAUCCAUCCCCUUGGACGACGACCACGUUUGUCGCCACUCGUUGGACUGCAACUCAGUCGAGGCCGUCGAACAACUUUGUAAAAAAAGCGUAACGUUUGACAUACAUUUGCGAGUUCAAAACAAGGCAAGGCACGGGGGAAGCCACUCGGUUUUGUUGUUCGUCACUCCCCCAUCGGUGCACAACUCGCCUCGGAAACAUUUGAUCGGGUUCGAGAAAAUUUCUUUGAAAGGGAAAUCAGGGACAUUGAUGAGAUUUAAAGUGGAUGUUUGCAAGGAUUUGAGUGUAGUUGAUGAACUUGGAAGGCGAAAGAUUGCAUUGGGACAAUAUGUGUUGCAUGUGGGGAACUUUAAACACACAUUGAGCUUGAGGAUUUGAAGAUGAAAAUUUCUUUUUUUUUUCAAAUCCCUCACUUCUUUUUUUCUUUCUCUUUUGGCCUAAAAUAAGUAGCAAUUUUCUCAGCUUUCUUUCUUUCUUUAAUGUAUAGCCAAUUGUUCAACAUUUGAAACCCAAAACUGAAAAAGAAAUGUUGAUUUU